CUGCCACUGUAUCAUUAUUUUUCAUGAUUACAGCUCAUUAAUGGGGAGCCACUGACUUCUUCAAAUUACAGUUUUGCUUUAACAAAACUAGCAGUCAUAGAUUCCAAGUUAGAUCUCGCUUUCCCCAAAUACAGUGACACACUAACAAAGGAAAAACAAAUAGAGAGAGAGAGAGAGAGAGAGAGAGAUGUCAAGGCGAUCUGCUACUUGUUUGAGAUGUUGUUUGGUGGUGUUUGCAGUAGUUUCAGCAUUGGGGGUAUGUGGUCCGGCCUUGUAUUGGAGGUUCAAGAAGAGUAUAAGGUUGGGGGAUUCUAAAACUUCUUGCCCUACCUGCAACUGUGAUUGCCCUCCUCCUUUGUCCCUUCUCAAGAUUGCUCCUGGAUUGGCCAAUCUCUCAGUCACAGAUUGUGGAAGUAAUGACCCAGAUCUCAAGCAGGAAAUGGAGAAGCAGUUUGUGGACCUUUUAACAGAGGAAUUGAAGUUGCAAGAGGCUGUUGCUGCAGAGCACACCCGACACAUGAACAUCACAUUUGCUGAAGCAAAGAGGGUGGCUUCUCAGUACCAGAAAGAAGCAGAAAAGUGCAAUGCUGCAACAGAAACUUGUGAGGAGGCAAGAGAGCGUGCUCAGGCAUUGUUUAUCAAGGAGAGAAAGGUGACUUUGUUGUGGGAAAGACGAGCCCGUCAAAUGGGUUGGGAAGGGCUAUAGUUUGUAAAACCGGAUUGCAAGUUGUUCGGUUCAGUUCAACUACUGAUUCGUCUUUCUCUGCGGUAUUUAUACAUACAACCAAGCAAAAUUGCCUGGAUUGUUCCUUCCCCUGUUACAGCAAAAAUGAUCCCUCUUUUCUCUCUCUCUCUCUCUCUCUCUUCCAAAUGUAGUUGUACUUGUAUUGCCCACAAAUGGCAUAUAGAUAUCAGAUUUUACUUCAUAAACAAAAUGUUAAGGAUCCCUUUUCCCAUUUUACUACAAUGAGAUGAUGUUUACAAUCUGCCA